GAUUUUGAUUUCAAAAGAUAAUACUGAUCCAUGUUGUUACGGUAGCAAUAACCACGUAUCUGAUCGAUAAUAACAUCAAAAUUUUACCUCAAUAAUGAUUGUAUGACUGUUAUCCCUGAGAGGGCGAAUAUAGUAUACACGAACCCCAAAUUCCUGGAGAACACGACGAUCACCGUGCGCCGCUAUAGCAGGAAGUCUCCCUACUAUGUCAACCUUGUUGGCUUCACUAAACAUGAAUGGAACAACAAUAUUACGGUGGACGUAGUUCUCAAGCAGUUCUUGCAUAACGAGUACCGACGUUCAUUUAUUGAGAUGCAUUACAAAUUAUGCGAUUUCAUAAACAAGGAGCCUUUUGUAGGGGGCGCUGCAAAAAAUGCCGGCCUACGGUGCCCUAUGCCAGCCGGACAUCAAGCUAUGGUGAACAUGACGGCUCCUACAGAAAACUUUCCGAAUGUGUUUCCCUUCGAGAGAGGCAGCGUGGACAUCGACAUUUCCGUCACAGGCACGAAGGAGUUGGUCAUGCAGAUGUCCAUCAAAUUAACCUUCAUACAGAAGAAAAUUGCAAUAUAAAAUGCAUUUUUAUGAAAGAUACUGAUCGUUUUGAAGCACAAUGCUAUCAAUCAAGCACUUAGGUACCCACAGACCCACUGAGUGAUCUGUAUUGUUAAAGAUUAACAGGUAUUCAGAUCAGCACAACAGUAUCCAGAUUUACAAUCACCCAUUAAUGUUUUUUUUUCUUUCUAUAUAACUUAAAUAGUUAGUUUGUUUUUGAAACUCUUUUAUUUUUCUUGUUAAUGUUUUAAAAUAGCAAGAACAAACCAAAUCCAGAAGCGCUAACUGACUGCUCGGCGGCUUU